CAAAACCCUAGCUCUUAAAUCGUAGCCUCAUUUCGCUUCCUAUAUAGAAAGCAGACGAAGGCCCAAGUGACGAUCUCUGCCCUCUGCAUCAUUCCGUCAAAAUGCCGCCGAAGUUCGAUCCUUCUCAGGUCGUCGAGGUUUUCGUCCGAGUCACCGGCGGUGAAGUUGGGGCGGCGAGUUCUCUCGCCCCCAAGAUUGGUCCGCUCGGACUUUCCCCUAAGAAGAUCGGUGAGGACAUCGCCAAGGAGACCUCCAAGGACUGGAAGGGCCUGCGUGUGACCGUCAAAUUGACAGUCCAGAAUCGUCAGGCGAAGGUUUCAGUUGUCCCAUCCGCCGCCGCCUUAGUUAUUAAGGCGCUCAAGGAGCCUGAGCGCGACCGGAAAAAGGUCAAGAACAUCAAACAUAGCGGCAACAUUUCACUCGAUGACGUGAUCGAGAUCGCUAAAAUCAUGCGCCCGCGCUCCAUGGCUAAGGAAUUGAGCGGCACUGUGAAGGAGAUUUUAGGAACAUGUGUUUCAGUCGGUUGCACAGUCGACGGCAAGGACCCAAAGGAUCUGCAGCAGGAGAUCGAUGACGGUGAUGUGGAGAUUCCUGAAGCCUGAGAGUGUAGGGUAAGGAAAUGAGGACUCGAUUUCAGGAGUUUUUGAACUCUAAAUUUUCUUCCUUACUAGUAAUUAUGUUGUGCCUUUUUAAUCUUUGCCAUUAUGUUUUGAGGAUUUUAGUUUCUUCAUCCAAGGAUAAUUUUGAUUUACAAUGAAUGCUUGAGUAGACGAUUCAGGGUAUUUCUUUUGGAUGAAUGUGCUCUUCAUCAUGAUCUGUUUUUGUAUGUUUUUAUUUAUUACUGUUCAAGUAUUUCCUGUUUCAAUUUUUUCUUUCGAUCUCUUAUUUAGAACAGUUUCAUUGUUAAGUCCGAUCAAUUAGAUUUUGUCUGCAAUGGAUUAUGUCCACACUGUUGUAGAUGCAAAAUAAACAAAUCAUGCUAGUCUAUCAAAUGAAGUGUGCCUGACUACUGCCUACGCAUGAUUGUUAGCCUAUACACUAUUGUGAUAAGUCCGCAAUUAGUUUGAAUGUGUAAUAAAUGAAUUUCUUCAA